AUGGAUCCUGGGGAUUCUGGCAGCGACAAUGGCGGCGAGAAGCGGCGAACCAUUCCGGCUGAUCUUCCCACGUCGCUGGACGAUCGAAGACACGCAGCGGGAGAAUUCACAAUGCCGGAGACGGAGAUGUACGACGGCUGGCAAGGCCAGUCUCAGUUUCUCACCUCGCCAGUGCUCGCAAAGCCGCUCAACUUUGGGGAUCUGUCCCUGAACGAUUCGAACCAGGACGACUUCGUCGGUAGCGGCCCAAAGGAUAGCGACGCCAGACUCAUGGAGAUGCUGGCGGCCCAGGCUGCGCAUCGCAACGAGGCGGCGCUCGAAGAUGAAGAUGCAAUCAUAACAAACGACAAGAUGACGGAGUCGGAGAAAAAGGACAUACUGCAAAGGGCCUUGACCAUGGCGGCCAGCAACGGCGACACCGACAAGGUCAAGAAGCUACUCGAGGGAGAUGCGAAGCCCUUUGUGGACGUCAAUCUUCCCGACGACGAUGGAACCCCGGCAUUGAUCUAUGCCAGCUGCUUUGGUCACGAGAAGGUCGUCGAGGCUCUCAUUGAGGCGGGCGCCAAUGUGAAUCAGCAAGACCGCAACCAAUGGACACCUUUUAUGUGGGCAAUGACGAACCGCCACAAGGGCAUAUCGAAAUUGUUGCUGGACAAAGGGGCAUCUUCAGAGCAAAAGACAUCUUCCGGCCGGACGGCUUUCGACUUUGUGCCCCCAGAUAGCGACAUGUCAUUCUACCUACAUGACAAUGGUUAUUCUAUUGGUAGUGCAGGUAUCAUGGGCGAUUUCUAUAACCCCGGCUUCUCUCAGGACCGCUUCGAGGAGGAAAUGGCGGAAAACGAAAUGCGGAGACGGCUGAUGAUGGAGAGUGCCCGCGAUCUAGAAGUUGAUUUGGGCAACGUUGGUAUGGACGAUCAGCCAGAGCCAAUGGAUGACUUUGAAGAAGAACAAGCAGAGUUCGAUUGGAGCCGCUGUCUCCACGACCAAAUGUUUGUCUUCCAAGAGCACGAGUUGGAUCGGAUACUGGAUAUUGUGGUCACCAAGAUGAGCCCCCAGCGGUCGCCAUCGCAGAAACCAGUUCCAGCCAAUAUGAUUUUCCUCAGCGCGAGAUAUGCACACUACCAUGCUAGCCCGGAUUUACUGAGAAGACUGCUCGUAUCUGCAAUGGCUCGCAUCAACGCCGUCGUUGAAAAAUCCCAGUGGGACAUGACCAUCCUGGCUUUUUGGAUUUCAAACGCGACGCUCCUGCUGCAUUAUCUCAAGAAAGAUGCCGGCUUGGUCGAGGCGACAACCACAUUCCAAGCUCAGCUUGCAGAGCUCAUCAAUGAGAUAUUUGUGCUAAUCGUGCGAGAUGCCGAGAGACGACUGGAUAAAGUUCUCGACCCUGCCAUGCUGGAACAUGAGACGAUCCCGGGAUUCGAGGACAUUGCAUUCCAAAACGAAUGGAAGAUCUUCAAGAGGAAGUCUACAGUUAAGGAGCAGCCUCUCGAGAAGCGUUUCCGCCCGCCGUCUCCAAAACAGAGGGCGAAGCCCGCUCCUAGAAACGUCACGUCACUACUGUCGUCGACGCUCUUCGUGUUGGACUUGUACGACAUCCACUCGGUCAUCACAUCACAAAUCAUCUCUCAACUCCUCUACUGGCUUGGAUGCGAGCUGUUCAACAGAGUCAUAUCGAACCGUAAGUAUCUAGCCAGAACAAAGGCAAUGCAGAUCCGCAUGAACGUGUCAAUGGUGGAGGACUGGGCGCGAACAAACAACAGACAGGCGGAGCACUACGAAGGCGGCGAGAUGAACUCAACCGGCGAAACCACAAUGGAUGCGGCCAAGCGUCACCUCGCGCCCGUCAUCCAACUUUUGCAAUGGCUGCAGUGCUUUUCAUCGCUGAAUGCUGAUGACCUGGAAGCCUUGGUCGACACUCUCCAGCAACUGAAGAGAAUGACACCUCAGCAAUUGAUCCAUUCAGCCACGCAUUACCGCGCCGAAGUUGGCGAAAAAGGACUACCUGCCAGUGCUAUGAAGUAUCUUCUCGCAAUCCAAAAGGAGGGAGCACUCAAGAAGAGCAACCAGGCGUCGGAAAGUGUCCCGACUACGCCAGUAACGGGCAAUUUCAACGGAAAUGGACAGUCAACUCCCAAAAGCGUUCAAAUAAGGACGCCUGGUGGCGCAGACUCGGAUGACGAGGACAGCACCCCCAAGAGCUUGUUACUGAAUCCAUCUUACAUGCUGCCUUUUGCACUACCAUCAGUCACGGACAUGUUGGUAUCAUACGGAGCAGGUUUUGGAGGUGUCAACAGAGAGAGGGAACGCAAAUACAUCCCGACCGUCCCACCAGAGUUUCUGGAAAAGUUGGAAGUGAAUGGAUCGCGGAACCCACCCAUGUUCCAGGAGAAGGACUGGGAAAAUGAAGAGGUGUGA